ACAUCUGCGAAAGGGCAGCCGCGACACUGCAGGACUUCCGUAUACACAGUUGUGGACAGCAGUGUGAUUUUGUCUAAUGUUUUUUAACGAAACUAUAACAUUUAUAACAUUACUGACGAUGAUUAUCACCUUUUUGACCCCUCUUACAUAAGUGCAAAGGAACAAAAUGAUCCAGACACAUUUUCAGAACUUCAGAACCUCUACUAUCAUCAUCAAAACUCUACUUAUAAAGCCUUUCACUCUGGAAUGGACCAUCUUCCAGAAGAAUGGCGAGGUUUAAGCGUAAAUCCUGCGUCACACUAACUGCUCUGGCCCUGCUCAUAUUCGUGAUCACUGUGAUUCUGAAAACCCUGACCCCGGACGACACCAGCGCUGUGGAUGCUUUCGGACUCGGGCUCUUUGCUGUUAAGAGCCAGAGAGAAGAAGAUCACCUGCUGAGGAACCGGGUAAACGUUGAGAUACGGACCAGAGCUCCACACGUCAUGACCAGGAAGGUUCCGGAAGAGAAGGAACUGAGUUUCCAGAGCGAAGAUCAUGCUUUCCCACCGCCCAACUAUAACAUGCACGUUUUCUACUACAUAUGGUACGGAAACCCUCAGUUUGAUGGGAAGUUCAUUCACUGGGAUCACCCUCUCCUCCCACACUGGGACGCUAAAGUGGCCGCUGGAUACCCAAAAGGACGCCACGAGCCUCCAGAUGAUAUCGGUGCCAACUUCUACCCAGCUCUGGGAGCGUACAGCUCCAGAGACCCGUCUGUUAUAGAGGCUCAUAUGCAGCAGCUGAGAACAGCAGCCAUCGGUGUUCUGGCAGUAUCCUGGUACCCGGCUGGGAUGAAGGAUGAUAAUGGUGAACCGGUCGAUGACAUCAUCCCUCUGAUACUGGAAGUUGCUGAUAAGUAUAAAGUGAAGGUCGUCUUUCAUAUCGAACCGUACAAAGGCAGAGAUGAAAACAGCAUGCUGGAAAACAUCAAAUACAUUGUGGAUAAGUACGGAGAACAUCCAGCCUUCUUCAGAUACAGAUCUCCCUCAGGGAAGCUCCUUCCUCUCUUUUACAUUUACGACUCCUACUUGCAGAAUCCGGAUAUCUGGGCCCAGAUGCUGAAGACCACCGGCAAGAAGAGCAUCAGGAACACGCCGUACGACGGCGUCUUCAUCGGCCUGCUCGUGGAGGAGAAGCACAAGAAGGAAAUGCUGGCCGCCGGCUUUGACGGCAUCUACACCUACUUCGCCACUAACGGCUUCUCCUACGGCUCCUCCUACCAUAACUGGAAGUCCAUUAAGGACUUCUGUGAUAGAAACAACUUGAUCUUCAUACCUAGCGUAGGUCCGGGCUACAUCGACACCAGCAUCCGCCCCUGGAACUCUCAGAACACGAGGAACCGCCUCAACGGGAAGUACUACGAGACGUCUCUGAGCGCGGCGGUGGCGACCAUGCCUCAGGUGAUCUCCAUUACGUCGUUUAACGAGUGGCACGAGGGCACUCAGAUUGAGACGGCCAUUCCUAAAACAGGAGGCCAGACUGCGUACCUGGACUACCUGCCCCAUAAACCUGCUGUUUAAUUAGAGAUCACACGUAGAUGGGCCAUAAAGUUCAGCGAAGAGCAAGAGAAGUGGCUGGAGAGACAAGAUCAACUGUGAGAGAAUGAUGAGUGAAGACACCUGUGACUAAUAACAGACUGAUCUUAAACUUAAUCCUAAUCUUAAUAAAUAAAUUAAUGAAAAUUCUGCAACAAUUCUACUGGCUUUUAUAUGAUUAAUGUAUAUGAGGUUUAAAAUUGAGAUGUUGAAUUGCUGAUUUUAGUACAGUGAUUACAGUACAGUCAAUUACAGUCUGAAUUUAAGCCAUAUACAGGGGUUGGACAAUGAAACUGAAACACCUGUCAUCAUUUUAGUGUGGGAUUUUAGGUUUCAUGGUUAAAUUGGAGCAGCCUGGUGUUCAAUCUUCAUUAAUUGCACAUUAUUGCACCAGUAAGAGCAGUAAGAGUGUGAAGGUUCAAUUAGCAGGGUAAGAGCACAGUUCUGCUCUAAAUAUUGCAAUGCGCACAACAUUAUCCAAAAAACAUAAAACCACGGCUGAUCAAAUCACGACAGAAUUCAAUGUGCACCUCUCCUGGUUCCAGUUUCAUUGUCCAACCCCUGUAUACUGUUCAGUAGUAUGAAAAUUUAUAUAGUUUCUCCUAAUACACUAUACAAAUUAAACCACGUUACUUGAUCUUUGAUACACUGUAUAUCCAGUUGCACUUAAGCCUGUUACAAUAAUAAUUACAUUAUUGACUAACAAUAAAUACAAUAAAUGGACAUGGCCUUAAUAAUGUUGAACAAGCUGA